ACAUGGCGGAUAUUUUGCUGAGCUUCUUUUAUGUAAUUGGGAAGUUCAGAUUCUACGGCUCUUCUUUAUUUUAAAGUUAAUGACCCUUCUCAGCCUUUGUGUUAUCAUUUGAAUCAACAAGAUGUCGGGAAUAGAAGAGUAUAAUAAUGAAAAUCUAAUCGUUACUCCUCCGGUCACUUCACGUGGUUGUCGGACGUUGAAUCGUGAGGACUUCACAAAAGUCUUUCGUCUUCCUGCCCUAAGAAUUGACGCCAAGAAGUGUUCUCUGUUCAUGAAGAGCUUUAGGAAAUUAUUAUUGAAUCGACCAAGACUCCGUAACAUCGUUCCAGAUCCAAGCAAUGAAAAUAACUCCAAGAAAUUAGUGUUACUUCGUCCUGGGGUUUUGUUAAACGAAGAAGAAAAAGAAUUCAUUUGCACUCAUAAUGCAGAUGAAACUGUGCAUGACUUGGUUCUUGAUUAUAAUUUCUGGACUUCAGAGCAAGUGUUGCGAGCAAUUCUACCCCCUGAGAUAUCUGAAGUUCCCUCCGCCUUUGAAACUAUUGGACAUAUUGCUCACGUGAACCUGAGGGAAAACCAACUUGAGUACAAGUCGGUCAUUGGACAAGUUUUGUUGGAUAAGAAUUCACCACAAAUAAAGACAGUUGUGAAUAAGACCAAUACCAUUGAUGAGACAUUUCGGUUUUUCAAAAUGGAGCUUCUUGCUGGAGAAGAUAACAUGAAUGCUACUGUAAAGGAAGAUGGCUGCAUUUUUGAAUUUGACUUUUCUCAAGUUUAUUGGAACUCUCGUUUGCAGACAGAGCACAAGAGGCUUGUGGAAAUUUUCUCGAAAACAGAUAUAAUCUGCGAUAUGUUUGCAGGUGUUGGUCCUUUUGCCAUUCCGGCUGCUAAAAAAGGAUGUUAUGUACAUGCAAAUGAUUUAAACCCAAGUUCCUAUGAAGCUUUGGUAAAAAAUGCAAAACUAAACAAAGUUGAAAAAAAUAUAAUAGCAUACAAUAUGGAUGGAAAAGAGUUUGUAAGAAAGAUGGUUGAAUCUUUGGCAGACAAGUCAGGUUCUGGAAAUCAGAUGUUUAACCAUGUCAUUAUGAACCUUCCUGCAAGUGCUGUACAAUUCUUAGAUGUCUUCAAAGGUUUAUUUAUUAAUUUCAAAGACAGAUUCAGAGUAGAUGACUCUUCAAAAUCACGUGUCAUCCUACCAAUGGUUCAUUGCUACUGUUUCUCCAAGUCUGAGGCUCCAGAACAGGAUGCGCAAUCCCAGGCUGAGGUGAUUCUUGGGGUCAAAAUGGGCAGUGAUUGUAAAGUGCACUAUGUAAGAGAUGUUGCACCAAAGAAAGCAAUGCUGUGUGUGUCAUUCAGGCUUCCUGCUUCAGUGGCAUUUUGUGAACAUGACCAAAAGCAGCGUGAUGAUAGUGAACCUCCUUCUAAACAAGCCAAGAUUGAAGAAGACAGCAAGAACUAGCUUAGUAACAAUCCAGUUUUUAAUUGAUUCUGUUUAUACAACUUUUUAAUAUGAUACUUUAACGGUAAUGCUGGGAAUUUUUGAAUAAAAGCGACAGAAAUUGAACCUUU